CUUACAUCUUAGGAAUCCAAAGAAUCAAACGGUUUGCGAUUCCGUGAAGAAACGAUGGAGAUAUGCCCAAAAUACGGCAGGCUGUCCAAUUGUGACGAGAAUGACAAAGUUGGUGAAUUUCGAUGUUGUUUCCACUCCCGCUCAUCCGUAAGUGUAAAUCGACUAUCUGGUUCCUCUGAACAUUUCCAGUUGAGCUAAAGCCUAAUAAUCGAUUUACCAAAUGUGCUAAUCGAUUAUUCCAUAGCUCUGAAUCCUGAGUGAAUCUGUUCCUGUUUGCUCAUCCUAAGAUUGGGUAUAAGGCUAAAAUUAUGUCCUGAUUUUCAACAAAGAAUAAAGCCUUUUCUUCCACAAAACAAAAGCAUAAUCACUUUUGAAACAAAGGAACAAAAUCAGAAACAAAGUCAUUGAAUGAAUAGUGUUGUUUUGGCAUUUUAUUCACAAAAGUCUAAAGCUUGAUUCCCCUUUGUUUUCUUCCUUAUAUGCACGAAAUUUCUACCCAAAUAAACUCAAAGAAGAUNUUGAUUUGUAGGAAAGAAGUAGGAAACUUCCUUGUUGUAUUCUUCCUUCAUUGUUCUUGUAUUUUUCCUUAUUUGUUGUUGUAUAAAUACUUCAGCCAUGAGGCCAUUGUAAGAACCAGAUUAUUGAAUUAAAAAGCCUUUGUUUUACUCUUUGAGUAAUUCAUUAAAAUAGUGUGAUGCUAUUUUAACCAAAUUUUCUAAUGAAAUAUCUCUAAAGUUGGCUACUUUUGAGUGCGUGUUAGGAGUCUAAUUUUAUACAUUAGUAGUGAUUAUUAAUGUGUAAAAGAAGAUAAAAGCCCCAAGUUAAGAUAAGAGUGUGUCAUAUCUCUUAACACCAACUUGGAAUUGGAGAAGGUCAAUCAACUUCUAGGCCACCGCUCUUUGAUGGCACCAACUACUCCUAUUGGAAGGAACGGAUGAGAAUCUAUAUCCGUUCCACCAACUUCCAAUGAAGAAAGUGGGAGAAACCACGGUCCCAAAGACCGAGGACGAGUUUGAUGCUGAGGACAUCAAGAAGGUUGAAAACUACGCAAAGGCUAUCAACAUGCUUUACUGUGCGGUCAACCCCGAUGACUACCAGAAGAUCUCCUGUUGCACAACCGCCAAGGAGAUGUGGGACAAGCUUGAAGUGACGUACCGUUUGAGUUGGUGCCCUUAUGGCCAACUGCUGUUUCAUUCCAUCAACCUGCGGUAUAUCCUCGAGAGCUUAAAACUCUCUGGGGAAAACUUUCUUGACUGGGAGAAGAACCUCCGGAUCAUUCUUGACUGUGAGAGGAAACUUCACAUCCUCGAAACGGAUCCUCCCAAGACCCCUAAGGCCAAUGCUCGUGCGUCCGAACUCACUUCCUUCAAGAAGUAUGAGGAAGACGCGCGAAAUGUUAAGUGUAUCAUUAUGGCAAGUAUGACCGCAGAGCUCCAAAGGCUCCACGCGGACAUGGAAGUGCGUCCUAUGAUACAACGCUUGAGAGACCUUUACCAGGGUAAACCCCAAAACUCAGAUAUUUACGCUAUCAAAGUCAAUAUGUCUGAUUUCACCUCUUGGGUGAUGGAUACCGGAUGUGGUUCUCACAUCUGUACUUCUAUGCAGAAUUUGCAUGAAGUUAGACAUUUGACUGAGGGAGAAGUCCAGCUUAAGGUUGGAAAUGGAGCACUUGUCAAUGCGUUGGCUGUAGGAACUUAUGUUCUAUCUCUCCCUAGUGGCUUGUUGUUGCAUUUAAAUAAUUGUUUGUUUGUACCUGCAAUUAGCAGGAAUAUCAUUUCUGUGUCCUGUCUUGACAAAGCAGGAUUUUCUAUUAACGUCAAAGACAAGUGCCUUUCGGUUUUCAGAAAUGAUAUUUACUAUGCAACUGCUAAGAUGACCAAUGGUCUUUAUAUCUUAGACUUAGACGCCACUGUUUAUAACGUAGAUGUUAAGAGAAGCAAACCAAACAGUUUAAAUCUCACAUACUUUUGGCAUUGUCGUUUGGGCCACAUUAACGAGAAACGCAUAUCUAAGUUACGUCACUCUGGCGUACUUGAUUCAUUUGACCUCGAGUCUUAUGAUAUGGCGAAGGGCAAGAAGAAGAAGCGUAGACCUCCACCUCCCACUCCUCCAAACAAGAAAGAGCUGCGUAACUUUCUUCGUGAUAUGGAGGGUGAGUCUGGGGCUGGAGGUGAGACUUUGGAGUGUUCUGAUAAUGUGGAUAACUUCCCGGUCAUGACUGAGGAGGAUUCCCAUCCUUGCACUAAACCUAGUGAGGUCACGGUUGAGGAUGAUGAUGGCUCUGAAUCCCAGACCCCUUCUCUUGAUGAGGAAAGGUUUGAGCAAGAACUGCAGAAGGAUAAGCCUGACACCAACAUUGGAGAUACUUUAGUAGUUAAUCCUGUAGCUAAUGCUGAAGCCCCUGAGGCUGCUGAACCUACUGGGAAGGAGAACUGUGAGAAUGAAACAGGAGACAAUGAUGGCAAGGCACCUGGCAACAAAGUGGAUACACCGGCUGAGAAGAAAAGCUUUGCUUCACUCUUUGAAAAGAACAGGUCUGAGGAUAAAGGUAUGAAACUCCACCAGGUGGAGGUGGAAAUGAUUGAGGAUGAGGAGGUGUUUAUCCAGCCUGAGGAUGUGACCCCAAUGGAAGAAUUGUGGGGACCUUGCUUGGUUGGCUGUUUCACUGGCAGAUUCCCUGGGCUGGCACCUAUUCAAACUUUGGUGGAGUCCUGGAAAGUACCUUGCCAAUUCCUCCCUCAUCAUAAGGGCUGGGUGGUCUUCAAGUUUCUGAAUAAUGAAGACAGAGACUCAGUCUUACAUAGGGAUGACCACAGAAUCAACAACAAGAAGCUAUUACUCAAUAUUCCACAGGAUGGAUUCAUGUGGAAUGCAAAAUGUUUCUCUACCAUGCCAGUUUGGGUGAAACUUAUGGAUGUCCCUAUGCAGUUUUGGGGCCCUAACAGCUUGUCAAAGAUUGCUUCAAAACUUGGAAGACCACUCUUCACAGAUGGUUUGACUAACAAGGUUGCCUCCAAACUUACUGUGGAGAAUGACCCAGAGGACAAUCUAGCUUACAAGAAACCCAAUUUCUGUAGAGUCCUCAUUCAUAUGGAUCUCUCCAAACCUCCCCCUUCCUGUGUGAAGGUCAAUUUUGUUGGAGGCAGCUAUUCACAAUUUGUGGAGUAUGAGGAUCUCCCCCUCUACUGUUAUCAUUGUGAGAAAUUUGGGCAUACUCCUUUUGACUGUGCUCAGCUUUUUGAAAUGGAAAGGAAGAAGGAGCAGGAGGAACAGAGGGACAGGGAGAAGGCCAGAGUGGAAGUCCUGAAAACCACUCUCAGAACAGAAACUAGGGACAAACAGGAGGGCAAACAGGGGAAGGAUGACAAUGAUGGAUUCACUUUGGUGGGAAAAGGCAAAGGAACCCUAACUACACAUCCUUUGAAGCCUCAAUACCGAAGAGAAACUAGAAGGGAUUUCAAUGCUGUUUUGGAUUCUAGUGAGAGGAUUAACUGUCAUACCUAUGCUUAUGAUAUGACUGACCUCUUACAGUUUAGACUCAAUAAUGAUCUUCUUGAUGCUAAGGCUACUGGUAUGCAAUUCACUUGGAACAGAGGGAGCAAGUGGGCUAAGCUUGACAGGGUCUUGGUUAACUGUGAAUGGGACCUCCUUCAGUGGGACUGCUGGGCUGACUUUAAACCCAUGGAAUUCCAAUCUGAUCACUGCCCUGUGGUCUUGAACCUCAUUCACAACACUAACCUGGGACCAAAACCCUUCAAGUUUUUUAAUAUGUGGAUGCAACAUGAACUUUUUGACAGUGUGGUUAGACAGAUUUGGGAUACUAGAAUCACUGGCACUAGACAAUUCAGAUUAUGCAGGAAACUCAAAUUGCUGAAACACCCUUUGAAACAACUCAAUAAGAAGGAGUUUGGUCACAUAUCUACCAGAGCUGAGAAUGCAAGAAGCUCCUACUCAGAAAUGAUGACCAGGCUUAUGACUGAUCCACAAAACUCAGCCCUCAUUGAACAAGCUGCCAGCCUUAGGAAAAAGGCAACCUUUUACAGUGAUGCUGAGAGAUCUUUUUUCUUACAGAAGGUGAAAUGCACUUUUAUCAAUGAGGGUGACAAAUGCACCAAGUUCUUCCAUGCUUUGAUGAAGAAACAGAAGGUGCUGAGUUCCAUCCCCUUCAUUAUCACAAGCCAAGGCUCUACCACAACAUCUUCUGAAACUAUUGUUGAGGAAUUUAUUGACCAUUAUAGCAACAUUUUUGGUAAUACUGUGCCCACAACCCCUAUUGACUGGAAUGUUUUUAGGGAGGGCCCCCUUGUGCCACAUCAUGAAAUCCAAAAUUUGAUCAAGCUUGUUGACAGAUCUGAGGUUAAAGAAGCACUGUUCAGCAUUGGGAAUGAGAAAUCACCUGGACCUGAUGGCUACACUGCUGCUUUCUUUAAACAGAAAUGGGAUAUAGUUGGAAAUAGCCUUUUUGAGGCUGUGUCUGAGUUCUUUACUAGUGGAAGACUUCUCAAGCAAAUUAAUCAUGCAACUGUGGUGCUAAUUCCCAAGCUUUUAUCAAGGGCAGAAGCAUGGUGGAUAAUAUUCUUUUGGCUCAACAUUUGGGGGAACAAGGAUUCUGUUACUGUCCUGGCCAACACUAUUCAGAAUUUCUCUCAAGUAUCUGGCCUUUUUGUUAAUCCCCUCAAAUCCAACAUCUUUUUGGCUGGAGAAAUCAAGGACAGCAAGUCUGAUCUCUUGUCCUUGGUUUCCUUCCCUGAGGGGAAACUUCCUGUCAGAUACUUGGGACUCCCUUUGACUUCUCAAAUAGCUUCAGAAAGAGACUUUGCCCCCCUUAUUGCCAAAGUGGAUGAGAAUAUCAGGAAAUGGAACACUAAGUCUCUAUCUUCUGCUGGCAGACUCGAAUUGAUCAGAAGUGUGAUUCAAGGAAUUGAGGGUUUCUGGUUUCAGGCUUUCCCCAUUCACAAAUCUGUUUUAGAUAGAAUUACUACCCUCUGCAAAGCUUUCUUGUGGGGAAGUAAAUUCUGUAAAGUGGCCUGGGAUGACAUCUGUAAACCCAAAGAUGAAGGGGGUUUGGGACUCAGAAACUCAACCAUUUGGAACCAAGCACUACUGGCUAAGUGCUUCUGGAACAUUGCAGCAAAUAAGGAAACCUUAUGGAUACAAUGGGUGCAUUCUGUCUACCUCCAGGGCAGUGAUUUUUGGACCUGGAAUCCUAGCAAAAAGGAUUCACACUUCUUCAAGAAGAUUGCUGAGAUUAGGGACUCUCUUUUGCAAAAGUGUGGUGAUAGAUUCAUGAUUGAAGACAAUUUGUGUGAGAUGGGGGACAUUAAAGCCACCAAGGUCUAUGAUCUUUUGAGGUCCAAGGGUAACAUUAGACCUUGGAUGAAAGCAAUUUGGAAGCCUUAUAUCCCUCCUAGAUAUUCCUUCACUGUUUGGCUUACCCUACGAGGAAGACUUCCUACAAAAAUGAAUCUCCAUUUCCUACAGCUGGAUAACAGGAAUUGUGAGUUCUGCCAUACUGAGGAGGAAACUGCCCAGCACCUCUUCUUCCUUUGUGAGAAUACUGCUCUCAUUUGGGGAGCCAUCAGAAACUGGCUUAAUAUUGCACCAGCCUUAUCCACACUUGAGAGAGCCAUUGAAUGGGUAGGAAGACAGAGGCAUAGUCAUUGUGCUAAGAGGAAAAUGUGGAGACUGGCAAUCAUGUGCACUGUCUACACCAUCUGGAGAAGCAGAAAUGGAUGCUACCUUGACCAUGAAGGAUUUAACACUGAUACUAUCAUUUACAAAAUCAAAGUGGGUGUAUAUAAGCCCUCUGAUUCUUCUUCAAAAUCUGCAACAUCACAUAAUCGAUUGUCUUGCAGUGUAAAUCGACUAUCUGGUUCCUCUGAACAUUUCCAGUUGAGCUAAAGCCUAAUAAUCGAUUUACCAAAUGUGCUAAUCGAUUAUUCCAUAGCUCUGAAUCCUGAGUGAAUCUGUUCCUGUUUGCUCAUCCUAAGAUUGGGUAUAAGGCUAAAAUUAUGUCCUGAUUUUCAACAAAGAAUAAAGCCUUUUCUUCCACAAAACAAAAGCAUAAUCACUUUUGAAACAAAGGAACAAAAUCAGAAACAAAGUCAUUGAAUGAAUAGU